AUGCAGUAUACCUGGCAUCUCGCCUGGGUCAACAACGCCUUCGGUGCCGGCAGCCCUAGCUGGAACCUCCCCUUCCCCAAUGGCGACCUCACAGCCGCCGAGAUCAUCGCAUACUGCCCGCACCGGCUGAAGAGCGUCGACGUUAUCGACUGCUUCGUUACCAACGGCGGCAAGUCGCACGCCAUCUCCAUCAUGAUCAACGAGUUCCGAUACCAGCCCGGAGGUGACACGACCUUCGCAUGA